AUGGCUCGUUCAAGAAAGGCAGCUGUCCUCCUUACGGCAUUCACGGCCAUUGUCGCCGCCUACCCUGGCAUGGGCCGGAUCCCGGGUGGCAUGACCCACGAGGACCUGGUUACCAAGCUGAGUCGCAGUGGCGGCAGUGGCUUCAACGGCAAAGGUCCCAACGGCAACGGUCCCAACGGCGGUGGCUUCAACGCCGGCAGCUUCACCGCUCGAGCCGAAGACAACGAAGCAAUCGGCGACCUCCUCAGCGUCCCCGACAAUAAUCUCUCUGACGUUGGCAAAGACGUCAAGGGCAUUCUGACUGGUAACGGUAACCCCGUCUCAGACGACACCGAGGCGAGCGUCCCCAACCUUGGCAGUGCUGAGUGCAGUGCGGACAAGUGUUGCGUGUGGAAGCACGUGGCCGACGAGCUGAUGCCCCAGUUCCGCGACGCCAACGGCUGCACCGACUCUGCUCGCGCGUCCAUCCGCCUGGGUUUCCACGACGCCGCCGGAUGGAGCAAAGGCACCGGCGACCUGGGCGGUGCUGAUGGAUCCAUCAUCCUCGCACCCGAGGAGAUUGGACGACCCGCCAAUGACGGAUUGGGGGAUAUUGCUGUGCAGAUGAAGGCGUGGCACGACAAGUUCAAGCAGUAUGGCGCCGGCAUGGCCGACCUGAUCCAGUUCGCCGCCACCACGGCGACUGUGGCGUGCCCCGGCGGGCCGAGAAUCAAGACGUUUAUCGGCCGCAAGGAUUCGUCAGUGGCGGCCCCUGACGGCUUGCUGCCGGACCCGAGAGACAACGCGGACAAGCUUAUUGAGCUGUUUGGCAACAAAACCAUCACGGCACCGGGCCUCGCGGCCCUUGUUGGCGCGCACACCACCAGCCGCCAGCGGUUCUUCGAGCCGUCGCGCGCAAAUGCCCCUCAGGACACGACGCCUGCGGUCUGGGACGUCCUCUUCUACCAGCAGACGCUCGCUGCGGGGGAUAACGAGAUUGUCACCUUCCCCAGCGACCUCGCCUUGUCCAAAGACCCCAGAUCUGCCCCGGCUUUCCGCACCUUCGCGCAGCAGGCGCCGGUGUGGGGUGCUGCUUACGCGAGGGAAUACCUCCGUCUCAGUCUGCUUGGAGUGUUCAAUAUCAACGAUCUGACCGAUUGCACCAAGGUGCUGCCUGCCGGAACUGGUGUCAAGAAAUAA